UCCGGCAGAAGUAGCUGACUAGCAGCCUGCUAGCAUGGCGCUGCUCGCUGCCGACGGAGUUCCGUUGUCUCGCCGGGGUCCUCUCCCCGUUCGGUUCUACCCGAGUAUCUGACAAAGAAGUACUCUAAUAGCAAGACGUUGUACAAUCUUUUACAGAAAACACAAGCGGUAUUUCUCCCGUAAAUACUCUUUGUAAAUUUACUCGUGUCGCUUGUUUGCUUAAAAAAAAAAAAAAAAAAAAAAAAGGAAAAACAGAAUUGUUGGAUACCGGGAUACGAGGAGGAGUCGCGUUCUUUGAGAGCUGAUGCAGACGCCAUGGCCACAGCUGAGGUAUGGGAGUGACGCGCUGGUACUGGCAUACUGGUCCUGCUUCCAAACUCGAACCACGCGGGCGUCAUGCCUCUUCUGCUGAAGUAGCGGUGGAGCACGCAAUAGGAUGGACGAGUCCGUGUUGCUGGAUUUGCUCGAGUGCCCCGUUUGCCUGGAGCGCCUGGACGCCUCGGCGAAGGUCCUUUCCUGUCAGCACACCUUCUGCCGCCGCUGUCUGCAGGGCAUCUUGGGCUCGCGGGGAGAGCUGCGCUGCCCGGAGUGCCGGACGUUGGUAGAGUGCGCCGUGGACGAGCUCCCCAGCAACAUCCUUCUCGUGCGCCUGCUGGACGGCAUCAAGCAGAGGCCCCGGAGGGCCGGUCCCGGGCCGGGGGUCUGCACCAAUGGCACGUUGGGGGCCGUGGCCAGAGCGCACGCCAGCGCGGGCCGGGACCAGGGCACCCCGGGAGCGCAGCCCCAGCGAGCUCAGGCUAAGAGCACCCUUGUGCGGGUCAGUAUGCUCGCUGUAACUGCAUAGGGAUCAGUGAGCACCAGUCUUUUUAACAUUGUUUGGAUCAGAAAACAAGAAAAAAAAAAUCUGUGCGCAUUAAAAGCGGCAUGUUGCAUUACGCGCUCCCUAAUCUGUGCUGCGGAUUAACUGUUAUCAUGGCGAUCCGAAAGCCAGCCGGUUGACCAGCAGCCACGACUUGACUAACGGCAGUAAUGUGAGCGUCGGGUUCUGCCUCUCUCUGCAGCCGGGCUUUAACCCCGCGGAGCUUAGUCCAUUCUCACCGUAGUAAAGCUGGCGUGUGGAGGCUUGCACGCCUCUGGAUUUUGUUAACCAGUCGCCCCUUGAUCACAUGGCGGACAACCUGCUCAUAGAUUCUUCUUAUAAUACAUCCAAUAACUGACUUAUUUCUUUGAAGAUUGUAAAAAGGUAAUUCAGUAGUCCAUCGAUAUGUGGUAUGCGUUUAUCAGUAAUUACAAUCCCUCGUCCUCCUGUUUUAUGUUUCAGCUUUUUCUCAGUGACACUUACAGUACAUGAACACAUCUGUGAGCUGCACUCGGUGUCGUUUUGAAUGCUCACAGUUCAUUCUGUCGGUUUGCCCUCUGGCUCUUUUGGAGAAUUAUGCAGCAAACAGAGCGAUGAGUUCCCGGGGCUGUCGUACAAGUGCAAGUAUAAACAAAGCCUGAAGAGGUGGGGGGGCUCUCGGUUGCUUCUCGGUCGCUGACGAUGCGUCAUGCAUAAUAUCUUUCUCACACUGGAGAUCCCUGCUGCGGUGUUGCUUGUGAGUGUACGUGACAAAUGCAGGGUGUGACUGCAGGCCGGUCGUUUUAAUCUGCAGAUCUGAGGAGUUGUAACGUGUAGUUAUAGCGUGUUUCAUCUUUUUUUAUGUUUAUGUGCUUUAAAUGUCAUCUACUGAACCGCUUUACUUCAAAAAAAACUGCUCUUUUCCUUUUUAGCGUUAACGCUCCUCUAUGGGAAAGUCAAUACUCGGUAUAUGCGAGCUGCUGUGCAUCGUAAAACUAAAAAUCACACUUGCGUGUCACUGUGAGGCUUCCUCUCAGCGCCCCACACUGUUGGGUAUGGAGUUGGAAAAUAUUGACAUAUCGCAGGAAAAAAGUAAAUAUUAUCCUGAUUUAUCAAGAUUCGGAUUCAAGGAAAAAACAUGACGAACAAAGUGUUUAUUCUGCAUAGAGAACCUGUUGGUGUAGAGGUUGGUCUCUGUGGAUCUGUUAGUUUUUGGUGUAAACAAAAGUUACUUAUUCUCUCAAAGAAUAACAACUACAGGAGAGCAGCCGGUCGAUUCGCUCCAAAGGACAGACUUUGUUUGUUUCCUUGUGAGCUUGGAGCCCUUCUUGGUUUUACUGUCCAAUCUACUACGACAUAUGGGAUUUACUCUUCAGUAAACAUCCUAUUUAUGAUUUGCUUUUGGCUGAAUGACCAUGGAAAAGUUUGCUUCGGAGAGGGGACUUUCCUUGUUGCAGAUUUCCUUUGCCAGGCCCGCGGACAGAAAGCAGAAUUUCUUUGUUUUUAGGACUGAGCGGUGAAAAAACAGGUGGUCAUGUAACGUUUGACCGCUGCAGCUGUGUCUUUGGUGUCUUUACAAACCCAUCGAGGUCUGGCGCAUGGCACAGAAACCACAAGUUUUCAAUCUAUCAAACACCCGAUGACACUUAUAGUAGAGUACAGUGUUUUUGCAGUUGUUGCUUUAAAACGAUUAGGAGUCAAAAGGCAGUCUCCAUUUAACAAUGUGCAGAAACCCCAUGAACUCCUAUUAGCUCACCUCUGUUUGCCACGUCAGGGAGGAUGAAAAGGAGUCGAGGCCCUGCGUAGAAUCACUGGAAUGUCAAAGCGCCGAUAGUGUGUCUGCCGUCGCUGUGCAGGUACGAAGAUCAGAGGCCUCGCUGUGAACCGCAUGUGUGUGCGCGCGUGUGUGUGUCUGUGCGUGUGCGCUGCCUCAUUUGCCACAGUAUCCCUUCAGAGGAUUUGUGCUCAUUUUGGAAUUUCCCUCGAUUAUGGAAAAAUAAGGCUGUUUGUUGAAAGAUAAUGAGUUUGACACUUGAAACCUCCGUGUUAUUUCACCUCUGUUGGGCCUUUCAGAUUGACAGAUGAUUAUAAUUCCUCGCUGUAUAGGCAUACGAUCCUCCCUCGUACACACACACACACACACGUCUCCUCUCCUCCACACAGCUAAAGGAGAACCAGUGUUCUCUGGAGGACGUCUAAUUGUCUCAUUUAGACUCUGAGAUUCACCAGCGGGGCGUUCACUGACCUGUUUAUGUAUCGGACAACUAAACGUUGGCCUAGUGAUGAUAGACAGUUGGAUCACAACAACAGGGAUGAUCAAUUAAACGUAAUCAGAGCUAUCUGAGCUGAGAAGCUAUUUUGUCGCUUGUGAAAGACUAUUUUGUACAUAAAAGAAUAAUAAAGCAAUGCUUCUUUUCCCUCACAAUAUAAUAAAAACAAACAAACUGCGAAGCGUAUCGAUGAGAUCAGAUCGACCCAAAACCCGUUCGAGGUGCAGGAGAAGAGCAGCGUAGAGUCGUGUGUGUUGGAGGCACUUUGCUGAGGACGUGGCGGCGCAGGUGUAACACUUUUAUUACAACAUGAAAGGCAGGGAUCAAAGCCCUCGCUGAUUGCCCUGAUCUUGAUCUCAGACCAGUGCUUCUUGGGGACUGAGUGCUUCACUGCC